CAGACGAACACGAAAUAUUCGCGAAAACGAGAGGGGGCAAAAGGGGAAAGGCGAGCCAAGGCCGCGAGAAGCGAGGGCGGAGAGGGGCCGCGGGGGAGCUCGUCGAUGGUGGUUAGGGUUUCGCAGCCCGCGUCCUCGACCCACUGACGGAGCGCCCCGGCGGCAAGAGAGGCUCUUUCCCCUAGGCGGCAGAGAGGCUCCCGCUAUCUCUAGGGCGGCUCUGGAAGGCGGCGGCGGCGGUCACCGCAGCGCGAUGGGGGAGCUGGAGCACAGGGAGGCGGAGGCCGGGGGAGAUGCUGCGGCGGCUGCGGCGGCGCACAGCAGCAGCAUGCAGCGUGUGAAAGUGUACCGUUUGAGGGAUGGAGGGAAAUGGGAUGAUCAGGGAACAGGGCAUGUUGCUAUUGACUACAUUGAGGGUUCAAAAGAACUUGGUCUGACUGUUUUGGAUGAGGAGGAUAAUGAAACACUGCUCGUUCACAACAUUACGUCUGAAGAUAUCUACAGAAAGCAAGAAGAAACAAUCAUCUCAUGGAGGGAUCCAGAAGCAGCAACAGAAUUAGCACUGAGUUUUCAGGAAGCUGCAGGGUGCUCCUACAUAUGGGAUAACAUCUGUGAUAUACAGAGGAACCUUCAGUUCAAUAACCUUGGUGCUCUUGAAGUUGGUCCUCGUCCAGCGUCGGAACAUCUAGAAGCCUCUAGAGUAUUGCAUUCACAUGACGAGUCCUUCCGCUCUGUUAAUGGUGAGCUGAGGGAACUUCCACCUGUUGAUUUAUCCAAUCUUCCUUUGAUUUUAAAGACUAUAUUGGAGGGUGGCAUUACAGAUCAAAUGCGUGUGGCUGAGUUGAUAACACAAGAUCGUGAUUUUUUCCCGAAGCUACUGGACAUAUUUAGGAUGUGCGAGGAUUUAGAGAAUUUAGAUGAUCUUCACAUGAUUUUCAAACUUGUCAGGGGAAUCAUAUUGUUGAACAGUCCAUCAAUCUUUGAUAAGAUUUUCUCUGACGAGUUUAUUCUUGACAUCAUAGGUGCCCUUGAAUAUGAUCCAGAGGUUGCUAAAGUGCAAAAGCAUCGUAUUUUUCUGAAGGAUCAUGUAGUUUUUAAAGAGGCCAUACCUAUCAAAAAUGUUUCUGUGGUUUCAAAGAUACAUCAAACAUAUAGAAUUGGCUAUCUUAAGGAUGUUGUAUUGCCACGGAUAUUAGAUGAUGCCACUCUUGCAAGUCUUAACACAAUGAUACAUACGAACAACGCUGCUGUUAUUUCCUUGCUAAAGGACGAUGCUUGCUUUAUCCAAGAAUUAUUCUCUAGGAUGAGAUCGCCAAAUAUUUCUUUGGAAUCCAAAAGAGAAUUGGUUCUGUUCUUGCAUGAGUUUUGCACUCUUAGUAAGAGUUUGCCUCUUGUUCAACAACUACGGCUGUUUAGGGAUCUUUCAGGUGAAGGUGUAUUUGAAAUCGUUUCUGAUGUGUUACAGAGUGAAGACAAAAAAAUUGUUUUGGCUGGGACGGACAUUGUUAUACUUUUUCUUAACCAGGACCCUAACCUAUUGAGGUCAUAUAUUGUCCAGCAAGAAGGAAAUUCUCUUCUUGGACUUUUGGUUAAAGGAAUGGUAACUGACUUAGGUGAGCAAAUGCACUGUCAGUUUCUAGAGAUCCUGCGUAUAUUGAUGGAUUCUUUCACCAUGUCUGGAGCACAUAGAGAUGUUAUUAUUGAGAUUUUCUAUGAAAGGCAUCUUGACUAUUUGGUUGAUGUAAUAGCAUCCUCUUGUCCCCCGAGGAUUAUGACUCGAACAACAUCUGACUCAGCUGUUACUGGCAGAAACAUUGAAGUGCAUCGUCUUAAGCCUGAAAUUCUAUUAAAUGUUUGUGAACUAUUAUGUUUUUGUGUAGUCCAUCAUCCCUACAGAAUUAAGUGCAACUUCCUUAUGAACAAUGCGAUAGAAAAAAUUCUUUCCUUGACUCGACGGAGGGAGAAGUUUUUGGUUGUCGCAGCUGUUAGGUUUAUGCGUACCAUUAUAUCCAGAAAUGAUGAGCAUCUUAUUCGCCAUGUUGUGAAGUUUAAUUUGUUGAAACCAAUUAUUGACGCCUUUGUUGAAAAUGGGGAUAGAUAUAACAUGCUACAGUCAGGGAUACUUGAACUGUUGGAACACAUACGGAAGGAAAAUCUAAAACCUCUUGUUAUCUAUGUUAUUGAGUCUUUCUCAGAUAAACUUAUGAAGUUCGAACACUUUGGGAGCAUUCAGGCCUUCAAACUCAAGUAUCAACAGUUCUUGGAGAGUUCUGAAACGAAAUUAAGUGCUAGUGUGCCUGACAUGAGAAAGAAGGCAGAAGGAAGAGGUCUUGAGAAGGAAGAGGAAGACUAUUUCAACGAGGAUAGUGAUGAAGAAGAUUCAACCAGGCGGACUAAACAAGCACACAAUGAUGAAGUUAAGGCUAGUGUUUCCAAUGGAAGUGAAGCUGAUGACAUAUCAUCAAGGCCUAAAUCUGGUGGACUCGUGGACUAUGCUGAUGACGACGAUGAGGAUUUCAAUCCCCCACCUAAGGAGCCCGACAGGACCGCAGAGGAUGAUGAGCUCUUAAAGAUAACCACAAGGAAGCAGAAGUUAGUAAACAGUGCGGAUGGCAAACAUGCAGAUGGGGAGGUUCGCAAGAGACAGAAGAUAGAAACAAGGAUUACUUGUGGCAAGCUUUCUGCUUUGACUAGUCUGGCUAGCAAACACAAGGAUUCACUUGCCUUGAGCUCGCCAAGUUGUGAGGCCAAUGGUGUUUCGGGGGAGCAAGCUCCGCAUUCUGAUGAGCAGCAACAUUCUGCAGAGACUGCAGAAACUUCACGGCAAACUGGAGGUGAUUGUAUCAAAACCAUGGGCAAUUUAUCUAGUGAGAAGACUGUAAAUACCACAAAAGCAAACGAUUCAGAGCCAUAUUCAGUGAGAUGACAAAUUGACCUGCUCUUCUCCGCGCUGGCUUGCCCCUGAACCUGACCCGUCAAAUGCUGGCCAACAGAAGGAGCAAACGAGUGUUUGGCUUUGGUGAAGGCCAAAUCCAUUAAUCUCAAAUCUCAAGAGCAUGAUUCAGGGUCAUGUAGAUCGCACUUGUCUGUAUAUCCUGAAUGAAAUUGCAGCUACCAUCACAGCCUGUAAAGUUAUGUUCACAAGGAAAGAUCUGAAACACUGAGAAUCGGCGUGCCUUUGGGUUCAGCAUUGACAUGAGUCUUGCUCCUGCUGCUGCACUGUCUUAUAUAUCUAUAUAUGAGCUUAUGGAGGAGCAGUGAAUAUGCACUUUUCUCCAUUAUUUCUUCCUAGGAUCAUUGUCUUAUAUUCCUGUUGUAAAACAAGUAGGAAAGGAUAGUUUCGGUUGAUCAGCGUUUCGCAACAGUUUGUGCUUAUAUUAUCUAUAUCCUAUACAGUUGUAAUUUGUUGAUUUAUAGUUUUGGCUGGAAAUACUUUAUCUUGGACGAGUGUUAUGGUAGAUUAAUCUAUUAGGAGGUUUAAGAAUAGUAGUGCAAUUUUGGAACUGAAA